AUGGAGAUUAUUGAUAUAAACUCGUCCCCUCCGCCGCUGAGAAGGUCAGCAAAGGAUUCUAUAUCGCCUCCCAGGGGUGCUCACCGUAGCAGUGACGUCGAUGAGCUCGGCGAUGAGACGAUUCCUUGUUCUCCAUUUCAGACUCAAGCUACACAAAUAAUCAACCGGACCUCGCUCGCGACGCAAUCGAAACCGCUACCCGACCUAUCCUCCUCCCCUUCGUCUCGAUCGAUCAUCGAGGUACCUGCUUCCUCGCCUUUCCAGCCUAAGCAGCCCAAGCAGCCAACCGUCUCGAGCUACUUCAACCGUCUUGCGCCUGCUGGUACACGGUUCCAACCCCCUGCUCAGGCGAAGUCACUCAAGCGGCCUGCUGAAGAGCCACAACUGAUCGAUGACUCCUCUGAUGAGGAGAGCAAGCGAAGAGGUGAUAUUCGGCCUACGGCUUUCAAAAAGCAUAUUUCGUCCUUUGAAUAUGUUCCUCUCGACGAAAUGCAGAAGAAAAUCGACCAUGUGGCCGAUGCGUUGAACCACACCCUACCAGUCAAGUGCUAUAAGGAGGCUUUGACUGCGUGUCAUAACGACAUAUCCGACGCAAUUGAGUACCUGCUGGAGGGUAAACAUCUAAAGAGCAAGCACAACAGCUUCGUGAGCUCUACGAAGCCGAAUGUAACCGGCAGCAACGACAGACAAGUAACACAUGAGUCGAGAUCAAGCCGGCCUGCCGAACCUACUAAGCCGCGACUGCUUGGGCACCACACUCCAAGUUUGCCUACCCCGUCUCGAAGCAUUACCCCUUCCCCCCCGAAGCAAAAGCGUCGUCGUCUGAUGCAGGGACGCCGACCUGGCAGAUCUCCAGUCUCGUCGCAGCAGGUUCAGGAGGAAAUCCAUGAGGUCAAUGAUGGGUUAGAUGAGCUUGCCGACGACAAAGUCGACGAGCUAAUUGUCAUUCCCGACGAUGGGGAUGAUGAUGACUUUGACAACGAAGAAGAGGUCAAUGAGGCAGUGAAAGAAAGCUUGCAAGACAAGGCCCUGCAAGCUAUCAACACCAGCUCAAUUGAGGACUUGUCCGCCAUGACGAAUAUGAAACAAGACGAACUUAAGAUCAUUGAGAACAAGAGGCCUUUUACUACCAUCGAAGAUGUCCAGGCGGUCACUCUUUCAAAGACGGGCUCUCGGGGCCGCAAGUCGCCCAAAGUUUAUGUCGGAGAGACUUUGGUGGAUGCCAUUAUGGAAUUUACUCGGAGUGUCAACGCCAUUGACGAGGUUGUUGCCGAGUGUGAGAAGAAGGCGAACAGAGUGAAACAAGAGAUCAACUUGUGGGACAUCGACUUCAAAGGACAGAAACGCAGCACCCAGGGCUCUUCGAAAAACGGCGACCUUCCCUUGACACCGUCCAGCUUUGGAGGACAGAAGUAUUCUGAACCCCCUAUUUCUUGCCAGCCAAAGUUCAUGGACGGACACUGUACGAUGCGCCCGUUUCAGCUGUUCGGUCUUAACUGGAUGUCACUAUUGUACAAUAGUGGCUAUGGAUGCAUUUUGGCCGAUGAGAUGGGCCUCGGCAAGACGUGUCAAGUCAUCUCCCUCAUUUGCCAUCUUGUCGAGAACUAUGAGAAGACGGGGGCCGGUGAAAGACCUUGGCCUAACCUUGUCGUUGUGCCACCAUCCACUUUUUCCAACUGGAUGGGUGAAUUCAAACGUUUCGCACCCGAUCUUUCAGUUCUUGCUUACCAGGGCUCACAAGCAGCUCGCCGAGAUAUCGCAUACGAGAUGUUGGAGAACCCCGAAGACCACCAUGUCGUCCUGACAACAUACACUCAAGUCGGCUCCGAAGAGGACUUGGAGGCUAUCCGUGAGCUCCAGCCAGCCACCGCCAUCUUCGACGAAGGACACAAGAUGAAGAAUCCUAAGACGAAGAUCUACAAGGAUCUGAUCAAAGUUAAGGCUGGCUGGCGAAUGCUGCUUACAGGCACACCUGUUCAAAACAAUUUGAUGGAGAUGCUUGCUCUCUUGAACUUCAUUGAUCCCAAGCAGUUUAAUGGCCGGAUGGACCAGCUGCAGUACAUGUUUAGUCAGAAGGUCACCAUCCGCGACGUCAACAACGGCGCUUUUCUGUACGGAGAACGAGUCAGCAGAGCGCGGACGAUUCUCGAACCUUUCAUACUACAACGUCGCAAACAGCAAGUCCUUUCUGACAUGCCGGCUAAGAUUUGCAAUGUGGCAUAUUGCGAUUUGGCGCCAUCCCAGAAAGAGCUGUAUGAAGAGUAUGAGCGUCUCUUCAAGUCUGGCCCGGUCAAGAAGACGAGUAGCGGCCGCCAAAGCGAUCAGAACAACAGCUGGAUGCAACUCCGCAAGGCAGCCAUUCAUCCUCAGCUUUUCCGACGGUACUUUGACGACAAGAAAGUUGAGAAGAUGGCAAAAAUCUUGAUGCGGGAAGUGCCGCAGUCGGAACUACAGCAACCACGUAUCGAUCACUUGAUCGGCGAGCUGCAGAAUUGCUCAGACUUUGAGCUUCAUCUUUGGUGCCGCGAUUACGCCUGUAUCAGACAUCUUGAUAUCCCCGAAGGCUCUUGGAUGGAGAGCGGCAAAGUUAAAAAGAUGUUGGACCUUAUCCACCAAUAUCGGGAGAAUGGAGAUCGUGUCCUUGUGUUUAGCAAGUUCGCAAAGGUCAUCGAGAUUCUUCGAGAAGUUCUCCACACUGAUGGCAUCAAACACUGCGUUCUCUAUGGCCAGACCGAGGUUGCGGAGCGUCAGAGUCUAAUUGACGAAUUCAACAACGAUAUCGACAUUACCGCCUUCUUGCUCACUACCGGCGCAGGUGGUACCGGUAUUAACUUGACUUCUGCGAAUAAGAUAAUCAUCUUCGAUCAGUCUGACAAUCCCCAAGACGAUAUUCAGGCUGAGAACCGUGCUCAUCGUCUGGGACAGACCCGCGAUGUCGAAGUGAUCCGCCUUCUUACCUCCCGUACCAUCGAAGAGCUCAUUUACAAGGCUUGCCAGAAGAAGAUUGAGCUGGCUGAGAAGGUCACGGGCGCAGUAGAAGAGGUGGCCGGAAAGGCUGCCGAGGAGAAUUUGGAGAAGGAGGUUCGAAAAAUGAUGGUUGAGCAACUUACGCCUUCCUGA